GUAGCUCACGCUGUCACGUGGAGAACCCAGUUGUUAUGGCGGCCGUCAGGAAGCGGGUGCUGCUGGGACUUCGAGACUCGGCGGUGAAGGGCUGCCCCAAGGGACCCGCCGCCUGGACGGCUAGCAAGAUGGGCGGCGUUCCGGACGCCCUGCCGGCCGUUACUGCCCCGGGCCCGCGGUGUGGCCGCUGUGCACAGCCGCUCACGCUCGUCGUGCAGGUGUACUGCCCGCUGGAAGGCUCCCCGUUCCAUCGGCUUCUGUACGUGUUCGCCUGUGCCCGUCGAGGCUGCAACGACAACCAGACGCGCAGCUGGAAGGUGUUCCGCUCCCAGUGCCUGCAAGUGCCAGAGAAAGAGACUCGGAACGGACAGAAUCAGGGUGAAGGCCUUGCAGCUGAGAACUGGUGUGAGGGCUCACAUGACUGGGGAAGUGAUACCGAGGAGACGCCUCCGCCACCACCCCCAUCAGAUUUGGGAAGGGAUUCUAAUGAUGCCAGAGCGCUAGACUGGACUGACAAGCUCCAAGCUCUUCACCUGCAGGACAGUGCCCUGGCUGUUUCCUGCCCUUCCCCUUCAGGGGAAGGGCCCUCAGUCCCCACGGAAGUGCCACAGUUCCAGCCCUAUUACAUCAGUGUUGCCGAAGAGGACGAGUAUGGCAACGCUGCGGAUCUUGAUCAUGCCCACAGCCUCCUGCAGGAGUACCAGCAGAGAGAAGGUGUUGACAUGCAGCAGCUGCUCUCCCAAGGAAUUUCUAAUGGUGGGGAUGAAAAAUACGAGAAGACCAAAGUUAGCAGUGGAGAUCCAACGUUUUACAAGUUCAUGAAGAGGAUCUCUGUUUGCCAGGAGCAGAUUCUGAGGUAUUCAUGGAGUGGAGAGCCUCUCUUUCUGUCCUGCCCCACAUUUGAAGUCUCAGAGGUCCCAGUCUGCAGUGUCUGCGGAGGCCAGAGGGCGUUUGAGUUUCAGCUUAUGCCAGCACUGGUCAGCAUGCUCAACAGUGCUAAUCUAGGUCUCACUGUGGAAUUUGGGACGAUUCUGGUUUACACCUGUAAGCAGAGUUGCUGGCCUCCAAAUCAGCAGAUGCCCGUGGAAGAAUUCUGUGUUAUACAAGAAGACCCAGAUGCAUUUUUAUUUAAGUAGAACACUUCGUCUUAUUUAUACAAAUUAAAACAAGUUUUCAUAUUCAAA